AUGCUUUCGUGUUUGAAAAAUGCAUGUUGUUUGCGAUUUUUACAAGGCACUCAUUAUCCCGAUGUUAUUGUUUCACAUCGACCUGAAGUAAUACUUGAUACUUCUCGAAUGGGUCAAGAUGUAGUCGUAGUUAAAAAUGGACGACGUUUAUGUGGAACUGGUGCUGCUGUUGCUAAUGCACCAAUCGUACAAAAUAAAGCAUAUUUUGAAGUUAAAUUACAAACACAAGGCACAUGGGGUAUUGGUUUAGGAACCCGACGAACAAAUUUAUCAAAAGUUCCAUUAGGAUAUGAUUGUGAAGCAUGGAUUAUGGAUCAAUAUGGUCAAGUUAAACAUGAUAAUAAAGUUCUUAGUCAAUUUGGAACAGCUAUAGAAGAAGGUGAUGUUAUUGGUUUUGCAUAUGAUCAUGAAACAUUUCGCAUUUUUAUUAAUGGAACCGAACAAGAACCACCAUGUCGUGUAACUACACGUGGCCCUGUUUUUCCGAUUUUCUACGUUGAUGAAGGAGCAAUACUUGAUAUACAAUUUUCAACAUUUUAUUUUCCUCCACCAGAAGGCUAUGAUCGUAUUUUAUUAGAAAAAUCACUCAUAUAA